GAGACAUAUCUCAGACGCUUAGCAGAAUGAUGGAGCUUACAUCUUCAGCAAAAGCAGGAAGGAGUGUCAAGAGCGCAAGAUUGCUGGAAUUGAUCUGCCCAUUCGCGUGCGUCAGUAUUCGAUGAGAGACGAAAUAGAAAGUAAAGCACCUCCUAUCUUUGGCAUCAGGGCGUUUAAAUCAGAAAGAGAGAGAGCGAGAGAGAGAGAUGCAGUAAAAAGAGGAGGACCUGGCUAAACAGCACAUCACGCAUACUGUAAAAUGCUAUUAGCCCACUAUACAAGGACUCUAGCAUCAAUGUAUUUACUUACACGUGUUACAUGCGGGCAUAUGUAAAUCCGCAAAAUCACAACGGAUCUGGGAAAGUUAGCUUAAAGGUCUUAGGAAACAGGUCUUAGGUAACCUUAGGUCUUAGGGAACAAGUCUUAGGAAACCUUAGGUCUUAGGAAACAGGUCUUAGGAAACCUUAGGUCUUAGGUAAACCUUAGGUCUUAGGAAACAGGUCUUAGGAAACCCCUCCAAGAGGCCCAACAUGCCGGAGCAGAGCAACGACUACCGUGUGGUGGUGUUUGGGGCCGGCGGCGUGGGCAAGAGCUCCCUGGUCCUCCGCUUCGUCAAGGGCACCUUCCGGGACACCUACAUCCCCACUGUGGAGGACACCUACCGCCAGGUGAUCAGCUGUGACAAGAGCGUGUGCACCCUCCAGAUCACCGACACCACAGGCAGCCACCAGUUUCCCGCCAUGCAGCGCCUGUCCAUCUCCAAGGGCCACGCCUUCAUCCUGGUCUACUCUGUCACCAGCCGCCAGUCCCUGGAGGAGCUCAAGCCCAUCUACCAGCAGGUGCUUGCCAUCAAGGGCAGCGUGGACGCCAUUCCUGUCAUGCUGGUAGGUAACAAGAGUGACGAAACCCAGCGUGAGGUGGAGACCACGGAGGGUGAGGCGCAGGCGGCAACAUGGAAGUGUGCCUUCAUGGAAACCUCUGCCAAGAUGAACUACAACGUCAAAGAGCUCUUCCAGGAGCUGCUCACCCUGGAGAAGAAGAGGAACAUGAGUCUGAGCAUCGAUGGCAAGCGCUCCGGCAAGCAGAAGCGUGCCGACAAGCUCAAGGGCAAGUGCAGCAUCAUGUAGGGAGGGAGAGUUGAUGCCUGACCCCUAGAAGGAAAGACUGGGGUUGGGGAGGGUGGUGGUGGUGGUGCAAAGUGUAGAUGUUCUUGAAGAGAGUCACUUUGAGGAAUGGAGGGAAGGUAGGGGUGGGACGGGGCCUGUCUGAGAGGGGUUAUUUUAUCCCGAAAGAGGUGACCCCCCCCCCCACAAAGAGGCUAUUCAAGUUCAACGAGAGGAGAAGAUCAAGCCUUGAUGCAAUUCUACUUUGAUGGGGAAAAUAAAAGACUAUGGAGCCCUGACAAUUGAUAUCCUCUCAAGUUCAGGGCAUUAUUACUAACUAAGAGCCCAUUUAAAUAUUAUUCACACCACAUUCGCCCUCUUCUCCUAUAGCUGUCUCUCUCCUGCUAAUAUGAGACACCCUGCAAACAAUAAUGAGUUGUUAAGACGUCCCCAGGACAUCACAAAAUGGUCGCCUAAAGUCGUCAGGGUGUUGUGUCAUGGUCCCCUGGAGGUUUUGUCUACUUCCCGGUUUGUUCCGAGGAUGUUUUUAGGACGUUCUUGGGACGUUGUGCCAUAGUCCCAUGGAGACUUUGCACUUUAAAUUUAAUCUCAGCACUGUGAAACAUACACUACUACCCGUUUGGGGUCACAUAGAAAUGUCCAUAGAAAGAAAAGCACAUUUUUUGUCCAUUAAAAUAACAUCAAAUUGAUCAGAAAUACAGUGUAGACAUUGUCAAAGUUGUAAAUGACUAUUGUAGCUGGAAACGGCAAAUUUCUUAAUGGAAUAUCUACAGCUUCAUUAAGUACCCGCAAAACACCAGUCUCAACGUCAACAGUGAAGGGGCGACUCCGUGAUGCUGGCCUUCUAGGCAGAGUUGCAAAGAAAAAGCCAUAUCUCAGACUGGCCAAUAAAAAUAAAAGAUUAAGAUGGACAAAUGAACACAGACACUGGACAGAGGAACUCUGCCUAGAAGGCCAGCAUCCCGGAGUCGCCUCUUCACUGUUGAUGUUGAGACAGUGUUUUGCGGGUACUAUUUAAUGAAGCUGCCAGUUGAGGACUUGUGAGGUGUCUGUUUCUCAAACUAGACGCUCUAAUGUACUUGUCCUCUUGCUCAGUUGUGCACUAGGGCCUCCCACUCCUCUUUCUAUUAUGGUUAGGUCCAGUUUGUGCUGUUGUUAGGUUUGUUCCUUUCCUCCUUGUCAAUCAUCAUUGGCUCAUUGGUGAAAUUAGCAUUUUGACAAUAUCUUUAAUUAAAUCAUUCAAAAACCUUUAUUAAUGCAAUUGCAGACAGAAGUUGACAAACAGGAACAUAGCACACAUGUUUCUGAGUAAGUUCUGCAUCAAACAAAAGGUCUCAAGUUGUUUUAUUAAACCGAAGUCCCGCCUUAGUGAUGUCACUGACUACAUCAUUACCUUUUUACUCCUGACACCAAAACCCUGCAUCCAUAGCUAUAAAAACAUAGAGUUUCAGUGUUUAUCUAAAAGCUAGGCAAUAAAUGUCCCCUCCCCAAAGUAGAUUUAUUGUGGAAUGUCUGAGUAGUCUCUUAUCUCCCACACUCCCCUGCAGAGUUCUGUCUCAGUCACACAUUAUAAGAGAGAGAAAGAGCAAACAACUGUGGAACAAUUCUAAAACUAUAUAAUGAAUAUAAAUAUUGUUAAUCUGUAGUCUAGGACCCUAUAAAUGUAAGGAGGGAGGAGUCUUAUAACCCCUCCCCUUCUAUUAAUAUAACAUAAGCAUAAUCAAUUAUUCUAAUACAUCAAACAUUUGUACAGCCCCAAAACAUGACCCCUAGGUGAAUCCUGACACUGUUCUGUGAAGGGAGUAGUACACAGCGCUGCACCAGAUCUUCAGUUUCUUGGCAAUAUCUUGCAUGGAAUAGCCUUCAUUUCUCAGAACAAGAAUAGACUGACAAGUUUCAGAAGAAAGUCCUUUGUUUCUGGCCAUUUUGAGCCUGUAAUCGAACCCACAAUUGCUGAUGCUCCAGAUACUCAACUAGUCUAAAGAUGGCCAGUUUUAUUGCUUCUUUAAUCAGAACUACAGUUUUCAGCUGUGCUAACAUAAUUGCAAAAGGGUUUUCUAAUGAUCAAUUAGCCUUUUCAAAUGAUAAACUUGGAUUAGCUAACACAAUGUGCCAUUGGAACACAGGAGUGAUGGUUGCUGAUAAUGGGCCUCUGUACCCCUAUGCAGAUAUUUCAUUAAAAAUCAGCCAUUUCCAGAUACAAUAGUAAUUUACAACAUUAACAAUGUUUACACUGUAUUUCUGAUCAAUUUGAUGUUUUUUUAAUGGACAAAACAUUUCAGUGACCCCAAACUUUUGAACGGUACUGUAAACUCAUGAAAACGGUUAUAUGUAUCAUAGUGAUUCAGGAGUAACAUUAAAAGAGAAAAUAUGCCCCACCAAAAUUAGACAACUAUACUGAAAAUCCAAACUCAAAUUGCUGAAAUAGGUAAUUGAAAUAAAUGAGACAAUAGUCAGAUUAACUCAGUGACUGGGAAUUUACAGGGAACCAGACAAAGGUCCCUUGAGACCAUUGCGCAAUGUUCUUAGAAAGUUCUCAGAACGUCACAAGGAUAACGUCAAGCUGAAACCCUUAAGGGACCUAAAGGAACGUCACUGAAUGUCCUCAGGAUGUCCCCUGUUUGCUGGGCAGCCCCUUGACUCCAAUGAUUGGAUAGGUAAUAGGGUGGAUUUGCAGGAGAAUGAGAGAGGUAUCAAGUUUAAUGUUAGAGUAAUGGAAACACGACUUUCAUCAAUUCAAAUGGACGUCCGUAAGCACAAGUUGGGCUUUCGCCUUCAGUAUCUCCGUGUCUACCUGUAACCUGGUGAAUGGAUGGGAUUUGAGAACUAGGUAUUGCAAUCAAUAAAGUUGUUAAUUGAAAGUUAUUAAUACUUUAUACAGUAUAUUACAGGUACAGAUUAGGCCUAUCAAAGGUUGCUAAUUAUUGCUAAUUAACAGUAGCAUGCGACUGUGAGUGUAGAUAAUAAAAAUAUGGAAAAGAUAGCUGCAAGUGGUCUCUGCAUUUUGCUGUACAUUUGAAAUGACUUUCCUACCAGUUGACUUGACAUUUUGCAUAAUUUCAUAAUCAAAGUGAGCUUUAGCCGAACAAAGCACAACCAGAACAAAAGCAACAAGCAGACAAAGCACGUUUGAAAUGUAAAUGUUUUUGAAUACAUUUAUUUAAUAUCUAUUAGCACAAAUGUCUGGACCCUCAUACCAUCAAUUUAGGUGUCUAUAUCAACGUUGAUUUUACCUUCGAUAAAAAUCUUUGAUAGAUUUUUAAUUACAUUUUUACAAUCCACUGUUAUUUAUAUAUUGUAUGCUCUGUAAAUAAUAUAUUUUUACGCUCCAAAUGCUCGUAAUGCCCCCAUUGAAUAUUUUUUCCAAUCCCAAAAUCACAUACCGCUGCUUUAGCAAUAUGACAUGACAGCACUUUGAGGAUUUGGAGCAGAGUGACAUUUGAUCUUUUGGUAAACUCUUUGAUGGCCUCUGGUUGCGUCACACAUUCUCCUAUCUUAUACUAUCUUAUAUAUCUUACACUUUCACUUGAAUCAUGUGAAGGAACUGCUGAAUAAAGACAACUAAAUGUACAUAUAAUUAAUUGGUCAUUGGUUAAUUCACAUAUUUCUGAAGUAUGAGUCGCUGUCUCUAGUGGCAAAAUGUAUUUAGAGUGAGCAUGAACCUGCGGGAUUAGGCUGCAUGAUAAUUGUAUUCAGAUGUAUUAUACAUGUAUAGAAAAAAUACUUGUUCUCAGGUGUGUUAUACAUGAGAAGGAAGUAUUAUAUGAAUUCAUAUUCAAUUCGUGGGGGGCUGGAAGGAGCAGGCUAAAAUCAAUGGCAGGAUUUUCUCAGAGGGAUUGGACAGGCCGCAGGCAGACAGUGUUUGAUCACCGCUUAGAAGGAGUGCGAGCUGCCAUCGGGAUG